AGCAAUGUCUGAGCAAGAAAUUUUUCAAUAUUUAAAUGAAAUUGGAUGCUGUAAUCUUUGCAAUUUACGGCAUUUAGGUUGUACCAACAAAAAAUUUUACAUUAACUUUGAAUUAUUUUUAAAAGAGAAAAACUUAAAUGAUAAAGAUGAUACAGAAAUCGAACCGAAUUCAAAGAAAUUAAAGGAGAAUGUUUGUAUUGUAUGUUUGGGAUUACUUCAAAAUCAUUUUAUUAAUGAGUUACUGGAAUUUAUUGAGAAAAAUACGAGUGUCAAUGAAUACGAUAGCACGAAUUUUGCAUGUGCGAUUAGUUUACCAAUUGCUCAACAAAUUCGAGCACACAGUGUUAAUUUACAUUUAAAAGAAAAAUUUCCUGAAUAUUAUGAACAAGGAAACUAUAAAUAUGUACUUUUAGAAAAUAUAAAUGAAAUUCCGUUAAAAGAAGUAUGGAAAUGGGUGAUUACACCAAAAAUUAAUGAACGAUUGAACAAGAGCUUAGAUAAUGGUGCGAAUUGCGAUUUUCUGAUUACGCUUAACUUGAAAUACGUUGACGAAGAAAAGGAACUGAAUUUAUUGUUUAAAGUUAGCCCAGAAACAUUUAAAGAACGUAAUCGAAAUUUUAAGAAAUUUCGUGGUGAAACAUUUACGAAAAAAAGUGUGGAAACAUUUUUAGAACAGGUUGAUAAAGAGAAAUUUAAGGAACACAUUCAGUGUCCACCACAAGUGCCAAAUUUUUCAAUUAAUUGUAGUAACAUUGAAUGUACACAUAAUUCCAUUUAUUUAGCGGGAAGGUACAUGAAAUAUUCACGUGAAUUAAGUCAAACUCCAUGGAUAAUCAAUGGAAAACGUAUGAUGGAAGCUUCUGUACAAGAAAUUAUAUGCGCUCCAUUGGCAUCCUUAUUUAAUUUUCACAUAGAUUACAUCAAAUUUAUAUCGAGUGGUCGAGAAGAUUGUGAUGUACGUUGCUUAGGAAAUGGUCGACCUUUUGUAUUAGAAAUAAUUAAUCCGAAAAAAACAAAAUUUGCAUAUGAAGAAUUUCGUAAAUUAGAAUCAGAAAUUAAUAAGUCUGAAUUAAUACAAGUACGAGAUAUGCAACUUGUACCAAAGGAAGAUCUGAUCAUUAUCAAACAAGGCGAAGAAUCGAAAACUAAAGUGUAUCAAGCUUUAUGUAUUAGCCAACAACAAAUAACUCAAGAAAAUUUGGAUAAAUUAUCGGAUAUGAAAGAUAUUGUACUUCAACAGAAAACGCCAAUACGUGUUUUACAUCGAAGACCUCUAGCAAUACGUCCACGAACUAUUCAUUAUAUGAACGCUCAAAUGAUACCUGGAAAUUCCAAAAUGUUUACUCUGGAUGUUGAAACACAAGCUGGUACAUAUGUCAAAGAAUUUGUUCAUGGUGAUUUUGGACGAACCAAACCUAGUUUAAGUUCAAUUCUAGGUAUCGAUGUCGAUAUAAUUGCAUUAGAUGUUACAGCGAUUAAAUUAGAUUUCCCAAAACCUAUAGAAAAUAGCUAG